ACUCUCACAGGACAUCAACAAAUUGGACCCAAAGGGAAAGUGGAAAGUUGUGGCUGAAUUAACAAAAAGAACAGUGAUUCCCAACCUGUGGUCCAGAGAUCACAGGUGGCUGGUGACGCAGUGGGAAGUGGUCUGCAGCGCUGUUGCCGAUGCUACGGUUUGGAGUAAUGUUGACGCGUUUAAUGUUGACACAUACUGUAUGCUUUUCGUGCAUGGCGGUCCAGAAAGGUUGGGAACCACUAGCCUUCGGUUGAGAGCAACUCAUGUAGCAAGACUUCAUUCAAAGGGGGGAGGGGUCAUACAUAAACCAAGGGGGGCGACACAGAGCUAAACAAACUUUAAACGAAUGCCAUUAUUAGAACAGCUUUUGUCUGUCAUGCUGUAUGAGAAAUAUUGUACCAACAUUGUUUGACUUGACUAUCAGAAAUUCAAAAGGGGAACUGGGCCUUCAGCGGGGGAGGGGGAUCGGGAGGAGGGCUAGGACUUGGGGCGUGCAGUUUGAUUGGCCUACCAGAAAGUAGCAGAGGAAAUAAUGUACACUAUAAGAAAUCAGACGUGAUUGGGGUUCGUCAUUGUUUCUGGCAGGUUCCAGGUGUCUCCCACUGACAUGUGGCAAACGGGGAAGGAGAAAAUGACUCGACUCGUGAAGACAGAACCACCAACUCCUCCUCCUCCUGACUACAAGCAAGACUUGCCAUAUGAAGAGCCAUACAAAUCAGAGGCUUGCAUUUACGAUGACUGCAUCACUCAGGCUGGGCAGCACCAGGCAUCCCACAAGGAGAGCAGCACUCAGGAUUCAUCGAGCGACAGCGAUAUGGAUUACAUCAUUCCAAAUGGGGCGAGCGCCAACCUCGGCAACCUCCCACAUGCCAAAGGAUCCCCAAAACAGCGAAAACCUAAGCCUGUUGAACAUAUGAAUGCGUUUGAUUAUGAGAAUGAAGAAGAUAUUUCACCCCAAAAUACUGUGGCGGUGACCAGGGGGAUAUUGAAGUCUGUGAGAGCCACCCUGAUCUCCCGGGGGGAUUCCACAAGCAGGGCCGAGACCCCCCCCAGCCCAGUACCACGGCCCUCCCACCUCCAAUCCUCGCACAGCAUCAGCUCAUGUGGGCCCAGCCCGAUGAAGAAUUCGGUUCAAGGGGAGAAGGACCUUCCCAAGGAAACUCCAGGAAAAGAACUCCGAUCACGGAGGUGUCUCUACGGCGCGAUUCCCAAGAGCAACUCAGAGAGCCAGAGUGGCCAUGGACGAGGACAGCUUCCUCAGUUACCCGUGGCAUCCUCAUCGCGGCCGCUGCCAGAUGCCCCAGGGACUGCCCAGCCCAGGGCCUUCAUCCCCUUGCCGCUGCCUCCACUCAGCAACUUCAGCGCCGGCCUCAGACCUGUGCUCGACAGCGUCGGUGGCAGUGACGCGGUCAAGGGGGCGCCCAGGAACUUCACCGCUCCCAGACUCAUAACGGCAGCGGGCGCGCCGACCCCCUCCUCCUCCUCUUUCUCGCAUAGCGACGCUGGGAUGGGAGGGUGCAAGCUCAGCGCCACCUUACCCUGGCCCACGGCAGCCGACAGUGCCUCGAGUUCAUUUAACGAUCUGCAAAGCAGGAAGUGGUACGCUGGCAAAUGUGACAGUGGUUUGGCUAAGAAAGUCGUGAAGUCCUACAACAAGGACGGCGCAUUCCUGGUGCGGCAGAGCUCGGGGGACAGGGUGACGCAGCCCUACACGCUGGUGGUUCACUACGGUGGCAGCAUCUACAACUUACGCCUGUACUGGGACCCCGUCUCCACAAAGUUCUACCUCAGCAAGGAGCACAGCUUCAUGACGGUGGUGGAUCUGGUUGAACACUACAAGCAGAAGCCGCUGUAUCUCAAAACCGAGUCCUCUUCUGCCACACAGCUGGCAAGCACCUGGCUGCGAUACCCCGUCUGCAUCUGAGCGCCACAACACUGGGCUGCACUUGAGUGUGCAAGUGUAUAUCCCUGUGACAGAGAGACGGAGAGACAGGAAGCUCCCAUUCUGCAAGCCGUGAUGUUCCUAUGGCGAAAGUAAGACAUGGGUUUACUAGUGUAGCAUCCAGCAUGUGAGAUGUAGUGAGGUUUUUGACAGGUAGGAAGGAAGCCACAUGCCAUGGAGAAAUUUGCUUCUGAAGGUAUUUUCCAGGUGAAAUAUUUAGUAAAGAAAAAAUGCAGCUUAAUGCUUUGAGGCCAGAAAGUGUUUUGGACCACCAUUUACUGUAUAUGUGUAUGUAUAUAUACAGUAUUAUACCCAGUCAGGUAAUGCCGUGUUCAUAUUUCUGCUGUGAUGCAGGGCCAUUGCCAUAAAUGCUGGCUUUCGUGUAUUUUUCUUGUUUAGGGCAGCAUUAUGAAAGAUAAUAUAAGCAGGCAAAACGCCUUCUUCACGGAGAAAACUCUGCACUGGCUUUGACAUUUACUGUCAUAAGGCUUGCUUGAAGCAAUUCUGGUAAACUGCAAGAUAUUUAUAGGCAAGGACCCUCUCUGUUAUAUAUAUGGGUUCUAGUUUGACACAAGCUGUUAUUGAAGAAAGUGUGGAGUUUUUGUUUCUUAUGAUUGUGCACAAAAUGGUGUAUUUAGAAUGCUUCAACUCAGAUUUGGGAGGUCGCGAGUUCAAAUCCUGGAAAUGAGCUGCCUAAGCCCAUCAUCUUUCCAGGGCCAAUAAAAUAAGUUAUACUGUGGAGAGUCAAUAGUGGUUAUUCUGUGGAGAGAUUGGCUUUCGCCAUAGAAAUGUGUAAUUUCCACCAAUCGCUUAGGGCUGCCAACUCACUGUCCCAUUGCUCAUUUGAGCAGGGAAACACUGACAUUUUACAAUUUAAAUGUAUUUAAUUUAAGUGCUUAUGAAAAAAUAACAGUUGCAAGCAAUAAUGAGCUUUGUUCGGUCGAAUCAAUGCAUUGGUACAUCAUGACCUCUUGACCUUUAUUUUCAUUAUAAUAAAGGAUGUAAUAAUGUUUAA